AUUCAUUCUUGUUCUGCCCAGUUCCUCAGGAAUAUGUCAGCUGAAGGAAAAGGCCAGAAGAGAAGCAAAGCCUUCUACAGAAAGAGUGCUCAUGGGGGCAAGCGUCCGAGAACAGACGUGAAUGUCCUCGCGCCGGGGCUUCGGGGCUUCCUGGUCAUGUGCAACAACAACGAGAGCGGCGCAGUUCGGGAGAGUUACAACAUCCUCAACGAGUACGCCGAUCGCAUCUAUGGGCAGGGAAAUGCUAAAAUGGCGGACAGCUCUCGCCCCGACGUCGUGGCAGACGUAGAGAAUACAAGUGAUGACGACUCAGAGGAAGACGUCGAAAAGGCUUUGAGGAAAGAGGUGGAGGAAAUAAAGACGGUUCCUGCGGAGGAGCGGCGUUUUCAGAACUGUAUGACGAAGGCCAAAAACUGUGUGUUCAUCCGCUCGACCGUGGAGGAUCCCGUCAAAGUGGCUCAGUCCAUCAUGGAAGACAUCGCUGAGAAACGAGUUCUGCGAGCGCGCUACGCCGCCCGAAUUCUCCCCGUGGUGGGCACGUGCAAAGCUCACACGGCAGACAUCGAGCGCCUCGCUGACAAAUGUUUGUCUGCCGUCUUCUCUCGGGAUUCGGCGAGUACCCCGGCGUCUUACACCAUCGUGUUCAAAACUCGCAAUAACAACACAAGCACAUGUGGCAAGGCUAGCGUGAUUCCCGCGCUGACGCGCCUGGUCACAGACAUGAACCCGGACGUGAAGUUUUCCUGGUCGGAGUACGAGGUGGCCAUAGUGGUGGAGAUUGUGUGCACCGUCUGCUGUCUGGCCGUGGCGCCGGGCUUUCUGCGUCUGCGCAAGUACAACUUGCAGGAGUUACAGCAAGGGCCUCGCCCGCACACCCCCGCUGACAAAACCUCUCCGCCGGUCACCGCUGACAAAACCUCUCCGCCGGUCACCGCUGACAAAACCUCUCCGGCCGCCACCGUCACUUUUAUUCAGGACUCCGGAACGAUGGUCAGUGUUGAUGAUCAGAUGGCAGAGACCGGCGCUGAUCAUGACCCCACUUGUGGACACGUUGAAGAAGGGAGUCUGGUGUCUACAGCGCAGCAAGACGAUGUUUGUGCUGAGGGGCUGGAAGAUUCCGGAGAACGUGGGAAUGUCGAUGAUGUGAAAGACACAGGUGUGAAAAUAGAUGAUGUGAAAGACGCAGGUGUGAAAAUAGAUUGUGUGAAAGACUUAGGUGUGAAAAUAGAUGUUAUGAAAGAGACGGUAUAUGUAGAUGGUCUGAAAGAAACGGUAAAAGUGGAUGAUGUGAAAGAGACAUUGUGAAUACAGAUUGUAUGUGUA